AAUGUCGACGGUAUUUUACGAUUACACGGACCUAUUCAAGGAUCUAUUUACGAACUCUGUGGAGUAUGUCAACAAUUUACCAUCGCCGAGGUUUAUAAAAACCCAUCUUCCGUAUCAGCUUUUGCCGACUGAAAUGCAGAAGGUCAAGCCCAAGAUGAUCUACAUCAUGCGGAACCCCAAAGACCUCUGCGUGUCCUUCUUCCACCACUGCAAACUCCUGUACAACUUCAACGUCGAGUUCGAAACGUUCUGCGAGCUCUUCCUGAACAACGCAGUGGCGUACGGGGGCAUAUUCAACCACUAUUUCGAGUUUUGGAACAGACGCGACCAGGACAACUUGCUCGUACUGAAAUACGAAGAGAUGAAAGAAGACACCAAAGGAUCUGUCAAAAAAAUCGCCGAUUUCUUGGGGAAACCCCUGACCGACGAGGAAGCCGAAUCCGUGGUAGACUUUCUGAGUUUUCAGAGAAUGAGAGUGAAUAGUUCCUGCAACGCUGAGGCCCUUGUGGAGAACAUACAGGGAAAGGGCUACUUCGAGAAAGCUGGGGUUCACUUUAUAAGGAAGGGGGAGGUGGGGGACUGGAAAAAUCAUAUGUCGGACGACAUGGCCAGGAGAUUCGAUGUGUGGAUCGAGGAAAAUACAAAAGGGACUGAUUUGUGCUUCGAUACAACAGAGAGCAACUCGAAAAAUAUUCAGGAAGAGUAGGUUUCAACUAUAUUUUGUGAUGCCACUUCAUAUAGGAUUGGUGGUGGAAUUUCCAAGCAGAUUUUCUUGAUAUCUUAUAACUUUAUAACGAUAAAAAAAUUAUAAAAUCCAUAUUGUUAGUCAGUUCUACAAGGAAAUGGUUGGUUCAUUCAUUUGCAUUUGAAGGAAAAUAAAAAAAAUACUGUGGCGUCACUAUCAUAAGAGUCAACCCCUUUGUAAACUACGUUCCAAAAUGUGGAAAGUACAUGAAUGAAUAUACGACAUGACUAGUCAAUUAGUACUAACUACUCAAUCAAAUAUCUCUUCGGAAAAUUCCAGAGCUGAAGUCAUCCUUCCGUUUUUUAAAAUGCUUCUUGAUGUCGGAACAAACGUUCAAAAAUAAAUUCGCACUGUGGCAAACAGUCAGAAUAACAAAAAUAAAGGAAGAAGAAUGCUGGCUGAAUACGCCUGAAUGGAAGCCAAAGCCAGAAACAUAGAGAAAGGAAGAAGAAGAAAAUUCAAUUAUGCAAUGUGAAUGGGUUUCACUGUGUUGCCAAGUUCACAUCAAAUGUUAGUGACGUCAUGAUCAUUGUUUUUAGUCUAUUUUGAAAAAACUACUGGCAAAAAAAUUGAAAAAUAUAUUUCGGGGUGCUAUUAUUCUUCUACUGUUAUUAAUUUCUUGUUACCAUAGUGACUGAUAUAACUUUGCAAAACUUGAGACUGAACUGGUUCAAAUAACUUGUUAGUCAUUGGGCUCAACGUUAUAUGUAAUAUAAAUUGUUUUGAAUAAAUAUCUGAAGAUGA